GCAAAAAAAAAAAAAAAUCUCUGUGUGACCUUUGUUCCCUUUUGGACUGACAAAAACAGCCACAGUAUAAAAAGGAGGGGGAGCGUCUGAGGACAGACUUGUUUUUGUUGAAGGAGCUGCCUGCAACUCAACGCUGUGCAGAGGCAGCCUUCCAACUAACAGAUUGGGGCCGGUGAAGAGGCGCAGGAGGUAUGAGGACCUGCCUCAGCCUGCUCCUCGCUCUCUGCCUGCUCCAAGGGGGCGGGGCGGAGAGCGAGGGGGGCGGGCCGCGAUGUCAGCCCCCGCCCGGCUGGAAGAUCGGGGCGGUGGAGCCCAUGAGGGAGGCCAUGGGCCGGGUGACGGUGGUGGCCCUCCUGCAGGCUAGCUGACUGUUCUGCUUGGUGCAGGCGUCCAGAAUGGACGGCCUGCGCCUGAAGAUGGAGAGCGACGGCUUGAAGGAUGUGACCUACAUGGUCGUCAACCAGCAGGGGGUGCAAGCUCAGAACCUGCACCCCAUGUUGGAGCAGAGGUUGUCGGCCAACAUAGCGCUGUACAAACAGGAGGAGCAGCAGCCGGACGUCUGGCAGCUGCUGAACGGGGCCAAGGAUGACUUUUUCGUCUAUGACAGAUGUGGACGCCUCACCCACCAGAUUUCCCUUCCCAACUCCAUCAUUGGCCAGGGCCACAUUGAGGGCGCCAUCAAGGACGCUUACUGCAAGCGCUCAUGCGGCGCCUGUGAAUAUGAGAGUGUUGAGAUCCCGAGUGAGUGUCAAGCGAACGUAGAAGAACGACCCGCCGCACCAGCAGUGGAGACGGACACAGGGCACCACCACCAUCAUCAUCACGGGCAUCACGGGCAUGGCCACCAUCAUCAUCAUCACCAUGGAAACCAAGACCCCGUUGUGGUGCACCCUCAUAGUGUAGAUGACCAAAAUGUGGGUCAACAGGCUAACCAGGACAUCCACUUCCAGGAGGCGCAGAGUUCUUCUGUGAUGCAGGUCCCGUUAGCGCCUAAUAAGUGAAAGUCCAAGCACAGCUGACAGGUCGCCGACACCCCGUCGGCCAGCUGAUGCUGACACUGACGGAGGCUGUUCGGCGAGGUGGCAAGCGACCGGCCUCACAGCCUGUGACGCUGCGAGCAGGCGCUGCCCGCCUCCUGCCGGUGACACGGUCUGGGCGAGGCCGAUCACGUCAGCGAGAGCUGACAGUGACGCCCGCCUCCCGUCGGCUGACAGCCACCUGAGCCUCAGAUGUGAGCCUGACCCCCGGGGGUGGUCAGCUGAGAAUGAGGCCACCUGUAAGCUGGACGUCAGCCGGCAGGUUAAAGGUCGCCGUCGUGUUCCCAAAUGAGCGUUUCCCCCUUUUGGUCUCGCCCAUGGUUCAUGAAGCCAGGCGCGGAAACUACGCUCUAGUGGCGUCUGGCUGAAGCCGCCAUGGCAGGGACGGGAGGCAGCCAUUAAGGAACAUGACCGACAGGUUCGUAACAAUUACAAUUGGGCAUCCCACAAUAUUUGAGCAAAUUGAUAUAAAAAGGAGGAGGGGGAAUACUUAGGAGAACAUAGCAGGGAAUGCACUGGCACAAAACAAACACAAUAAUAAUCCUUUUAAGCACAUUUAUAAUAAUCACCACUUCCAUUAUGCACAUACAAUAUCUACUUGGCUUUCUCUCUGUAUUAGAUUUAAUGGCAAAACUGCACACAUUCAUACAAAGGUUCUUAUGAAAAAAAAAAAAAAAAAGUAUCCACUGAGGGCAAAGAAAGAGCUGGAAUACACUCCGUGCUUAAUGAUGGUUUCUGUGGGAAGGUAAAAGGUCACCCAGAAAUCUGAUGCUGGCACAGAAAUAUGUAUUUGAAAUUGGGUUAGGACAACAUGUAAAAGGACGCAGUGGAAUAAAUAAAAGUGGAUUUAAUUGUUUCUUUGUGUGUUUGAAUUAAAGGGUACUGGUAUUGUCAAAAUGAACAAUAUAUCAACAUAAUAAUAAUACCAAUAAAAAUGCUCACUGCAAA